CAGCAAAAUGAGAAGAAUCGAUAGCACCAAAGUCCGACAGGUAAAGUCAGAACAGCUUUUGAGAAUUGAAGACCAUGAUUUUGCCAUGAGGCCUGGAUUUGGAGGUAAGAAAAUUAAAUUUUAUAGUGUUUUUUUUAUAAACUUUACACCAUGCCUCCUUUCUGUAGACAAAUUACCUCUGAAUUACCUUUUUAGUGAUGCAAUGAGUAUAGUUAACUUGUCCGUACCUGCUAUAUCUUCCACAAUGCGGGUGUUUGAACAGUUAUUCAUUUCUCCCAUGGCCAUGUUUGCUAUGAUUCUACAUCUUACUGUAUUCCACAAAAAUAAACAUUUUCUACAAAUAUGAUUAAAAUUGCACUCUUAUUACCACUGUCAUGGUUAUGGUGCCAGCAUGCCCUUGGAGCCAUCCCCUAGUUCUGUGUCAAGUUGUUUUUGAGAGCCCCAUUGCCAGCCCCAUGCUCGGCAUAUUGCUAAUGCAGAAUUUAUUACCUCACUACCCUAUUAGCAAUAUUGACUAUACAUUAUUGACUUUACAUAUAUUGACUUUCACUAUGCAUUUUGUUGAGCCUAAAAAUGACACUAAUUUUUGAUGGGCAAAUUAUUGUUUACAAACAUAAAGUUCUUUUUCAAAAUUAUCUUUGUUUAAUAUUAUCAUAUUUUUCCUGGAAAUACAAAACACUAUCCAAAGUGUUAUAAAAAAUAUUCCUCAUUGGUUUAUAUAUCUGAACAUAUGAAAGAUUUCCUUCCUGUCUAGCUGAUAAGCAGCUGAUUCUUCUCUGAAUAUAUUUGAAUUGCAUUGCAGUUAACAAUAUCUGAUGCCUGCCCCGGUGAUCCAUUGGCGACCAGCAUAUUUUGCUAGGGCAAUCUUUUAUAUGAUUAUGACCUCUUAGUAUAGUAUAUCUGUAGUCUUUGAAGAUACGUUUUGUUCCAUGCAAGAUAGUUACAUGGGUCCUUAUCAGUUGUCGCCAUGUGUGUUUUCAAAAUCUAGAACUGGCCUCCAUCCUUUUAGAAUUUUAAAUACCAAGAUUUUCUUAAAGAUCUUCUGAAGAAACUUAUCUUCACUCAUCUUAAGAGUCAUCACUUUUUUCUAUCAGGUCAGUCUACCCCAUGUCAACUCACUUUGUAGGUUUGUUAUCUUUCAUCUCUUUUGAGGGUUUGUAGUCAUGUUAUUUGAUUACUGUCCUUUGCUGGAUCUCAGCUUUUUUUGGAUGUGUAGGGUGAGAGUAUGAUGCGUCGUUUUAAUUUCUGGAAUCCCCAGCGAUACUUUAUUUCUGGUCCAACUUCAAUGUAACAAUUUCAUUUUCUCCUUGCUGCUAGAGUUACACUUGAAAACUCAGAAUAUAUUGAACUUCGAUCAUUGAAUAUAUGUUCUUACUGCAAUGCAUUCAUCAUAUUACCUUAACAGCUGCAAUUUAGAAGUAACAUAAGUUAUUGUUAUAAUUAUUCAACUUGUAUUUUCUGCUUAGGGAAGUAUGAGAAUACUGUCUGAAUCAAUAUUUAUAUAUUGAGUGAAAAAGGUACAUAUCACUUGUUACUCUCAGUUGCACACGGUCCAAGGCUUCUUGAUUGAAGCCUCGAAUAUUGAGCAGGUGCAGAAUGAUCGAGCGCCGGCUGGCAGACUGUAGGGAUAUUCUAUUCAUUAACAAUUUAACCCCUUCAGGUUAGAUUGUGCCCUGGGACCUCCUCCAACCAUAACAACUUAAUUAUAAUACAGUUUUUAUGGAACCUAUUCCUAUUUGGAAUGAACCAAUCAAUUAACUACAGCAGGACUGUGUAGAGGUACCAAUGCCAAAUAAACAGGACAUUCCAUGCUGUCAUAGGGACUAGAAUGAAAAGACUGGAUAUUGGCAAAAUGUACCAUUUGGUCCAUAAUGGGUUAAACAAGCUUCAUUCUCCCAAAUGACUGUGAUCACUCAAUGGACCAAUUGUUUCAGGACAUUUCUAUGAGAAACCCUGUACAGAUCUCAAAAUUAAUUACAUUGGAAAUGCAUUAUAUGUAUGCACGUGAUUAAAUAUACAUAUACUAUAUAUAUACACUAACACUCACUAACAGAUACACACUAACAGACACACACUAACACACAUAUGUACAUAUACAUUAUAUACAGUAACUGGAUGAGACACAGUUCUGGAGGUACAACUCUGACAAUCUUUAUUAAAAACAGGCUUCUUUUAUGCACAGACCGCGCAGGGGUCUCCAUUCAUUCAGUACAAAUUCCUCAGUCCUAGGCUGGUGAGGGAUGGCUUACAGCAGAUAACCAUCUCCUACUUUGGGAGAUACCAACUGGACAAUAGUUACACACAUUAAAACAUAGUACAUACAGGGGGGGCACCACGCCCCGGGAAGGGGUCACACAUAUCAGACACAUAUCAUUGGAUAGCCCCGGGUCCCCUCUGGAAUGCCUGCAAAUAGCGGGGCUAUCAGAUGUACAGAGCCUGAGAAAUCAUUGUCUAAAGUCUGGUGCUCGAGGCUCUGUACAUCCCCAAAAUUAGUUCCAGGGAGUUGCGUGGUUUAGUCCGGUGAAUGCAAACUUCAUACCUAAACCAAGCAACAACCAAUCAGCUGAAAGGGCACGAACCAAAUCGCGCCAAUCACCACUCAGGGAGAAGAAGGGUUUCGCUGCCCAAUCAAUCGAAAGGGCACGAAACCCGUUUGGAAGGCGCUCCUUCUCUGAUUGGUUGCCUGCUUCCCACAGCAACCAAUCAGUACUCCCUCGCGUCGACCAAUCAGGGGAAUGGCACCAACCUAGUUUUAUGGGGAGCACCUUCUCCCAUUGGUCGGCACGGACCUCCAGGUGGCCAGCGGGGACUCUGCGGCUGUGAAGCUGACUCACAGCCCCAGAGUCCCUGCUAGGGCUCAUGCCUCUCCCCGGCGGCUGCCUCCACUGAGGCAGACCCCGGGGGAGCGCUCUUUGGCCAGCUACGAGCCUGGCCUCACAGUCCCCAGGUAGGGGAACAGUGAUUAUGGCUCCUUUAGGAGUAGGUUAGGGUGAUCCAGACAACCAGUACCCCAGAGAUAUCCCCACCAACAUCAGGGACCCGAACGCUUACCCAAAGGAAUGCUCCCCCUGGUGACCACCCAGGGGAGCGCUCAAUAAUUACUUCCCUUAAGGUUUCACACCUAUGUUGCAAGUGCGAACAUUCUGAUUAAUUGGUGGGAACAUUCUAAUGGGGCUCCGGAGCGCCCCCAACGGUCAAAAGGCAUAUUACACAGUUAAAAUAAAACUACAUGUGGAAACACACAUUUUGUAAUGGGGAAUCUACAAAUAUAGAAGAGAGCAAUUCAUGGACAGCCAGCAGUCCCACCACACACACACAAACUACCACUCACUAACAUACACUGACACUAACACACUUAUAAACAGACACACACUAACACACUUACUAACAGACACACAAUAACACUCACUAACAGACACACACUAACACUCACUAACAGAUCCCCACUAACACACUCACUAACAUACACAAACUAACACUCACUAACACACUCACUAAUAGACACACACUAACACAGUCACUAAGAGACACACACACACUCACACACACUAACACACACUAACAGACACACACACUAACACACUCACUAACAGACACACACACUAACAUUCACUAACAGACACACAAUAACAGACACACACUAACACACACAAUUAUGGCCCCUCUGAGGCUGGCAUCUGUUAUGUUUGUGCGCAGGUGGUUAGGGAGCACUCUGCCCUGAGCUCUCUCCUGCUGAGCUAUCUGAGCCCCGCAGUAAUGCUGGAGCCAGAAUAUGAUGUCACUCUGGCCCCGGCAUCACUAAAAGGCACGCAAGGUAUCUGAGCAGGAAGAUCAGAGCUCCCCCGCCGCCCGCCUCCAUCCUUAGCCCACACGCCAGCCGCUCAGCCCAGUGUGUGCCUGUUAGUGAGUAUUAGUGUGUGUUUGUUAGUGAGUGUGUUAUUGUGUGUGUUAGUGGGGGUCUGUUAGUGAGUGUUAGUGUGUGUCUUUUAGUGAGUGUGUUAGUGUGUGUCUGUUAGUGAGUUAUUGUGUGUCUGUUAGAGAGUGUGUUAGUGUGUGUCUGUUAGUGAGUGUUAGUGUGUGUCUGUUAGUGUGUGUCUGUUAGCGAGUAUUUGUGUGUGUCUGUUAGUGAAUGUGUUAGUGGGGAUCUGUUAGUGAGUGUUAGUGUGUUUAAGUUAGUGAGUGUGUUAGUUUGUGUCUGUUAGUGAGUGUUUGUGUGUGUCUGUUAGUGAGUGUUGGUGUGUUAGUGUGUGUGUGUCUGUUAGUGAGUGUUAGUAAGAGUGUUAUUGAGAGUGUGUGUGUGUCUGUUAGUGAGAGUGUGUGUUAGUGAGUGUGUGUCUGUCACUGAGAGUGUAUGUGUUAGUGAGAGUGUAUGUGUUAGUGAGUGUGUAUGUGUGCUUGACAGUGAGAGUGUAUAUGUGUUUGUCAGUGAGUGUGUGUGUCUGUCAGUGCAUGUGUAUCUGUCACUGAGAGUGUGUUUCUGUUUGUGUGUGUAUGUGAGUGUCAGUAUAUGUAUGUUUCAGCGUGUGUCAGUGUGUAUAUCCAUGUCUAUCAGUGGGUGUAUGCGUGUCUGUCACUGAGAGUGUGUGUCUGUCAGCUAGUGUAUUUGUGUCUGUCAGUGAAUGUGUAUUUGUCAGUGAGUAUCUGUCAGUGAGCAUAUGUGUGUGUCUGUGUAUAUCAAUCAAAUAAGGUGGGAGUGAAGAAUUGCUGGAGGAGAGAGUAAAGCACUGCUGGAGCUGAGAGCAAGAGACAGGUAUGUAAGGUAGAGGUUACUCUGGGAGGCCAUAAGCUGGGUUUUAAGGCACUUCUUAAAGGAUUGAAGACUAGGGGAGAGUCUGAUGGCGGUAGGCAGGUUAUUCCCUAGGAAGGUAGCCACCCGUGAGAAGUCCUGCAAGCGCGAGUUGGCCGUACGGAUGCGAGCAGCAGUCAGGAGGUGGUCACAGGCAGAGCGGAGGGAACGAGGAGGGGCAUACCUAUGGAUCUGUGAAGAGAUAUUAUGGACCAAAUGGUACAUUUUGCCAAUAUCCAGUCUUUUCAUUCUAGUCACUAUGACAGCAUGGAAUGUCCUGUUUAUUUAGCAUUGGUACCUCUAUACAGUUCCACUGUAGUUAAUUGAUUGGUUCAUUCCAAAUAGGAAUAGGUUCCAUAAAAACUUUUAUAAUUAAGUUGUUAUGGUUGGAGGAGGUCCCAGGGCACAAUCUAACCUGAAGGGGUUAAAUUGCUAAUUAAUAAAAUAUCCCUAUAGUCUGCCAGCCAGCGCCCGAUCAGUCUGCACCUGCUCAAUAUUUGAGGCUUCAAUCAAAAAGCCUCGGACCUUGUGCAACUGAGAGUAACAACUGAUAUGUACCUUUUUCAUGCCUAGGGCAGCACAAAACCAGAAUACACCACUGUCUAGGCGACUUAUGAAUGUAAAUAGUUGUUUCACUGGUUCCCUCAAUUGGACUAUGUAGGAAAUAUGAAUCAGUGUAUCCCUUCAAAUACAUGCUGAGAAGGUCAUAUGAGGAAAAAUAUAAGCAGAAUCUGCCUAAUGAUUUUUUUUUUCACCUGGCAGCUGUUUGCCAAAAUUUUUUAUUGAUAGCUUAGCUGGCAUGGGUUGUAAUAUUCCCCAAAAUUAAUAAAAUGCUUGAACCUGAGCACUAACAGUCAUUUUUAUGCAACCUCUACCUGUAUAAGUCUGUUCUUAUUGUUUUGUCUUUUUCCCAAUUGUACAGUGCUAUGGAAUAUGUUGGCACUUUAUAAAUGCCAGUAAUAAUAAUAAUGUAAUAAAAAUAUUACUUUAUUAAAAUGCCAUUACUUUGUCUUUCUCAGCCAACAUCAAAGGGUUCCUCCAAGUACCAUGACCAGGUCAGCGAUUUGAAGUGGUUAUGGUGACUGUAUGUUCAGCAUUUGGCUAUAAUGCUCAUAAGGAGAUUAACCCAAUUGUUGCUGGACGUGUAACUCCAUCUCUGGCAGCGUCAUUGGGACACCAUUAGCCAGCCUGGUACAGUAGAACUAGCUAAUGCCAGUUCUGUUCAUAUUGCACAUCUGACAUCAGUACGCACAGCAGGCUGGAGACAUGCAUCCAAUGGCAGCAUGGCCUCCCCUCUGUGACACCCUUCUCCUCAGCACAUCCUCAGCAAGGGCUGAGGAAAUAACUUACCUCUGGAACAGAGGUAAGUUUUAGCUUUCAUUUUUGUUUAGUUUUUUUUUAAAGAUGGGAGGGGGUAGGAUGGUAAGGAUUGCUCUAACCAAAAAUAGUGUUUUGUCAAACACUAUUUUUGGUUGGAUUAUCCCUUUAAACAAUCUAAUUUGUGUUAUAAUUCAUGUUGGCUGUGAUACAGUUGUAUUAGGCCACUUCGAAGAAUUGUGGCAUUUAUCAGCCGAAGUGUGAGAAAGAUCAUUUAACUAGAACUAAUUAUCUGUAGUUACAUUUCAUUACUUUUUAUUGAAACACAAAACCAAGGUGAGUAUACAGCAAGGAAUAUGUGAGAGAAUUGCAAAUAUAUAAUGGACAGCCCAACGCAUUUCUCUAUAUGUGCUGUUCAAAAGUAACUGAAGUAAAAUGCUGUGAAAUUCUUAUGUUCGUGGUGUGUGAUAAUGAAGAAAUAAUGUGAUUUCAAGCAGAGAUUUUUAAAAUAAAUUAUCUAAUACUAUCUUAUAGAAUAUAGGUUUCCUUUAAGAGUUUAAGGCUGCAUUUUGCUGCCUAUUCUAAAUGCAUUGCCCACCUUAAAUAUGUGGUGCAAUUUGGGCACCAGUUGUAGAGAAGGAUACUAUAGAACUAAAAAAAGUUUAAACAUUUGUAGAGCUUGGUUGGCAAACAGAACUUGUCAAGAAAGGGUAGAAAAACUGCAAUUAUUUUUUUUUUGGGAAAAAAGGCAUCUCACAUGGGAUAUGAUAACAUUAUACAACAAUAUACAGUGUCGGUACGAACCACUAUGUGCUAACCUGUUUAUUAGCAGGAAUAUACAACAGACAAGAGGUCAUACAUUGAGACUGGAAGAAAGCUGUUCUUUAUAGUGAGAACAAUAACGAUAUGGAUUUUUUUUUUUUUGUCCAAAGUCGUCGUAUCAGAUUCAGCAGGUAUUUAAAGAAAAGUUUAGAUUCAUUAUUUUUGGAAGAGCAGUACAUUAAAGUAUGGAACAGGUUGUAGAUCUGAGGAGAAAUCUGAUUGCCUUUAUGGAGUCAUUAUGAAGUCCUUUUUUUGGCAUAAUUGGCCAUCACAUCAAAUAGUUAUUUUUUUUGCCUUCUUUUGGAUCAUCAGAAUAAAAUUUGGAGUUUUAAAACUUGAACUUGAUGGACUUGAGUCUUUUGUUAACCCUUGAUUACUGUAAACUAUGUCCUUAAAGACCCAAUUCAUAACCCUUUAAAGGUCACAAUUAGGUUUGUGCUAUUAAGUAUCCACCUUAUUUUGCAUGUAAGGCUUUAUAAAUCCCUGUACUUGUUAACUGGGUGGGACAUUCCCCUUUGAUAAUGGAUAUAUUUCAAGGCUGGUUUGUGAUGAUGGAAUUAUUCUCACAAUGCUUUUUAAUGGGUUAAAGUUGUGGAAAAAAACGUGAUGAUAAAGAAAGUCUCUCACAGUUGUUUCCUUGGUGAUUUAAAACUGUGUUUAUAGUGAUCACUUAUAACUGUGUUUCUAUUUUUAAGGUUCAGCUAUACCUGUUGGCAUUGACGUGCAGAUAGAGAGUAUUGACAGCAUCUCAGAGGUUGACAUGGUAAGUUUGAUUGUGUGAUAAUUACAUUAAUCCUUUAACAAACUAUUGGGAAAUACAUGCAAUGAUUAAGAAUGCCUCGCUGCAUGUAACUAACUAAAACCUUCGUCUACACAACAAUUGUUUUUCAAAGUUUUUCUUCCUGAAACUAUUUUGAUGAUUAUUAAAGACCCCAUUAAAGUGAACGAAAAUAUAAUUUUAGAAUUUCAGAAUGACUGUAUCACAUGGGAAUUUUGAAACGAAGUUCUGUUGACUAUAACGUGUUUAAUUGCAUAAUGCUUUCACAUAUUUUUUGUUAUCAGUCGCAGUUUUAUGUGGAAGGAGGCAAGCAUAUCUAUGUCUCAAUGACAAGUCAAUCAUUUGCCACAAUUUUCUGUCCUGGAAGCAAAUUCUUAUGGAACAGACAAUUCUUUUUAAUGUAAUGUGACUCAAAACAAGAUGUGCCAUUCGCAAAUGUAACAACGGCAUCUCCACAGAUGUUCCAAUUGUAGUAGGUGUGCUGAACCGCAGUUCCAUGUUCUCUCAUGUUUUUGUCAUGUGUGCAGCAUAGCCAACAGGUAUUGAAGGGUGGACAUUGCCAUUUUCUAACAAGGCAGCCUUGAGGCUUAGAAAUUAUAAACCAAUAAAGAUACGUCAUUCUGUGGGUUAUGCUCACAACCCAAUACUUUGAGAAGUCCUUCAAUGUCAGUACAGAAAACAAGGUUGUAAACCUGUGCAAAGACAGUUGUUAAAUAAUUGUGGUGGCUUCACAUGGCAGAUAUUUUCAUACUCGGUGACAGCAAACACAACUUGAUUGAACACAGUACUUCUGCUGUUGACAAACCUAAAGCACCCCUACAUUACAAAAGCUAUUAUACCUUUUGUUUGUUGGAUCAUUAAUAAUUAUUAUACUUCUUCUAUCAAUGUUUAUGUGACAUUACGAUGAUUAUUGUAUCUGUUGUUCCCUCCAAGGAUUUCACGAUGACAUUAUACCUCAGGCAUUACUGGAAGGACGAGAGGCUCUCAUUCCAAAGUAAUAACAACAGAAGUAUGACAUUUGAUGGACGACUAAUAAAAAAGAUCUGGGUUCCGGAUGUGUUCUUUGUACAUUCAAAGAGAUCAUUCAUACACGAUACCACUAUGGAAAACAUCAUGCUGCGAGUGUACCCAGAUGGUAAUGUCUUAUUCAGUCUCAGGUAA